AUGGAACAAGAUUGUAAUUUGAAAUUAACUGAUUUGAAAAAUUCCUCGUCAACAACAUCAACCAAAACGCUUGCAUCAUCGUGUAUCAAUUUAUUAGUUAAUCACUAUCUUAUGAAAACAAUGAUUGAUUCGGGCUCUGAUGAUUCGUUUAUUAGUCCAGAAGCUUUAGCCAAAAUCUCUCCUCAACCUAUUAUACAUCCGACUAAUAAAGAUUUUCAAGCUAUGAAUGGCACACAAGUUGUCGUAUCUGGUUAUGUAAUAUUAACAAUCGAUUUUGACAAAAACUUGUCUGAUGAAAUAAUCUAUGUAUCACCACAAACCAACAUCGAUUUACUUUUAGGACAAACGUGGAUUAAGAAACACCAGGCGAUUCUUAAUUGUAAAGAUCAAUGUGUUACUAUUAUGACUGAUAAUGGUCCAAGAUCCAUUCGAUAUAUACCAACAUAUGACGAUAAUAGUGGUGAUACAUGUCAGCAAUACAACAUUCGACUAGUAAAUGAUAUUACUAUUAAAUCACGAACAGUACAACCAGUUGAUGCUAUUUGUCCAUCAAUUUCGAAUGCAGACACAGUUAUAUUCCGUCCACGACAACAACUACAAGAAGAUCUUUCAAUACUAAUCCCGAAUAGCUUAUUGAAUAUUUACCAUCAUCGAACAACAUUAUACGUUGUUAAUCAUACAGAUACUGAUUGUGUAUUACCAAAAAAUUCAAAAUUAGGUAAAGUUCGUCAGGUUCCAUUAGCUAAUCUCUGUUGUAGUAUUACUGAAUCAUUUGAAUCAUUCAAACCUGAUGCUGUUAUACCAAACAAGAUUUUAGAAGAUAUUAAUAUAUUAAUUCGACAUUUGAAACCAGAGCAUCAGCAAUUAAUUCGUCCAAUAUUGUUACAAGAGUGGAAAGUUUUUGAUAUCAGUAAACCAUCUCAAGCUACAGAUUUAAAAACAAAACAUCGAAUUAUAACACAAGAUCAUCCACCUAUUUAUCAACGACCAUAUCGUGUCCCUGAAUCCAUCAAACAACAACAGAAAGAAUUAACCGAUGAAAUGGAAAGAAAUGGUCAAAUCAGUAGAUCUCAGUCGCCAUGGGCGUCACCAGUUUUACUAGUGAAGAAACAUGACGGUAGUCCAAGAUUUGUUGUUGAUUAUCGCAAAUUGAAUUCUAUUACCAUUCGAGAUAGCUACCCACUUCCUCGAAUGGAUGAUACUAUUAAUCAAUUAGCUGGAGCUCGGUAUUAUUCUAAAUUCGAUUUGAAAUGUGGAUACCAUCAAGUUCCAAUUGACUCCCGAGACAAGCAAAAAACGGCUUUUAUAAUAUCGUAUGGAUUAUUCGAAUUCAAUGUCCUUCCGCAGGGAUUGGUCAAUGGUCCACCUGUUUUUCAAAGAAUCAUGAACGAAGUAUUGGGAGAUUUAUUAGGUCAUCAUUGCUUAGUCUAUUUAGAUGAUAUUAUCACGUUCUCCCGAAAUAUUGAUGAUCAUGUUAAAGGCAUUCAUGCUGUAUUACAUGCUUUAAAUAAUCAUAAUUUCAAGCUAAAUUUAUCCAAAUAUGCACUGGUACAUGAACGCAUUGAAUAUCUUGGACAUGAAAUUGAUCAUACAGGUUAUCGACCAUUACAAAAUAACAUCAAAGCUGUUAUUGAUAUUCCCACACCAACAACAUAUGAUGAAGCUCAUCGAUUCUAUGGAAUGGCAAAUUAUUAUCGGUCAUUUAUUAAGAACUUUGCAGCAGUUGCUUAUCCAUUACAAAGAUUUCAAGCUAAGAAAGGUGAAUUUAUUUGGAAGGCUGAACAACAAUUAGCAUUUGAGACAUUAAAAAAACACUUAGUAUCAGAACCAUGUACAUUAAAUUUCCCAAUGCCAAAUGUUCCUUUUAUAUUGGCUACUGAUGCAUCAUCAAAGAAUGGUAUUGGUGUUACUUUGAAGCAAAAAAUUGAUAAAAAUGAACAUGUAAUUGUAUAUUUAUCACAAAAUUUAAACAAAGUGGAAAGAAAAUGGAGUGUUACGGAACAAGAAUGCUGCGCCAUAGUUUGGGCGAUUAAAAAGCUAAGGAUUUAUUUAUAUGGCACAAAAUUUACUGUUAUUACAGAUCACCAUCCAUUGUGUUGGUUAAAUAAGCAUACAUCUGCAAAUGAAAGACUUUAUCGUUGGUCAUUGAUUUUACAGGAAUACGAAUUUGAUAUUCAACAUAAGAGUGGCUCAUGUCAUUUAGACGCUGAUUGUCUAUCAAGAUGUAUAUCAUCAACUGAUAUGUCCGACGAUGUUAAUGAUGAUGAACAUAAUGAAGAUACUAUCCCAGCUCACAACGAAUUUCGUCCAUCACUCACUCCAAAUAACACCCAUAAUUCACAAAAUAAUGCAGUACAAACACGUGCACAAACGGCUGCUCUAGAUAAAGCAUCAAAACCCAAGUCAAUAACAUCAUCGAAACCGCAGCCAACCAUACCAUCAACAAUUCAACCAAUAACAUCAUCAUUUGAAUCCAACAACUCAUCUUCAGCAUUAGGUUUUAACUAUUCGAAAAUUUCGCAACAGCAAUUAUUGGAUCCACUUAUUCAACAACGAAUCUAUGAGAUACAACAACAUCCAAGUAACUAUCCCUUAUUUGUGGUUGAGCACGAUAUCCUCUACAAACUUAUUGAGAUGCAGCCAGGUCGAACAAAGAAGAAAGUGCCAUGGGUACCCCAAUCAAUGAUAAAAGACUUAUUGUUUUCCGCUCAUACGCAUCCAACAUCAGCACACUAUGGAUCGGAUCGAACUUAUUAUAAACUGAAGAACAACCAUUACUGGCCUAAUAUGUUAAAAGAUAUAAAAUGGUAUGUGAAGCAAUGUUUACUAUGUGCACAAUAUAACAUACCUCGACAGAAACCACCAGGAUUGCUAGAAACACCAGAACCACCAAGUGGAGUAUUUGAUCUAAUUGGCAUCGAUUUUUGGGGUCCAACACGUGAAGCUACUGGUAAUGGUAAUAGGUAUAUUAUUACUUGUACAGAUCAUCUUUCAAAAUUUGUUAUUGCCAAAGCAGUACCAACAGCAUCAUCAUCUGAAGCAGCUAAAUUUCUUGUUGAAGACGUUAUAUUUAAAUAUGGCCACAUCCCGAAACAUAUCCUAACCGAUCAAGGAUCUCAUUUCAACAAUUAUUUAAUGCAAGCAAUUACGAAUGAUAUCGGAGUUAAUCACAUUCUCUCAACACCUUUUCAUCCUCAAACAAACGGAACAAUUGAAAGGUUUAAUGCGACAAUCAAAACACAAUUAUGUAAAUUACAAGAUUUGAAUCGUAAUAAUUGGGAUCAAUAUUUAUCACCAACUAUUUAUGCUUACAAUAUCGGUCAACAUCGAACAACUAAAUAUGCACCAUAUCAAAUAUUAUAUGGAAAACAUCCUACUUUACCAUUUGCUCAACCCCAACCUAUGUUACAAUUCAUAAGAUCAAAUGAUUAUUAUAAUCAAUUUCGUCAAUACCGUUCAUUUAUCAUCCAACAAGCUCGCAGGAAUAUUCAACAACAACAGCAGCUGAGUAAGAAACGUUAUGAUCAACAUCGGCAACAUAUUCAGUAUGAAAUAGAACAAUUGGUAUUAGCAAAGCCAGCUGUACGAAAUAAUAAAAUGCAAGCAGUAUUCGAAGGACCAUACCGUGUGAUUAAUGUCCUUGGACCCGUUACUUAUGAAAUUCAAUUAGAACAUUCGAAUUAUAUUAGACAAGUGCACGUGAAUGUAAUGAAACCGAUCUUUACACCACAAGAUUAA